UCUUAGUCGACUCUGAUUUUUCCAUUUGUUUCGUAGCUCGAGCACGGAUACGCUUCGUUUUUUUUGAUCCAGUUCUCAACGGUCAUGACGACAACGAUUCAAAAGCUGAAAUCCGAAAACUAGUAGAGCGAGAUGACGAAGAAAUGGUAAUGGAGGAGCGUGACGUCAUUAUCUUAAGGACGAGACGCAACAGUGUGAUUGUGUUGAUACAAAAUGCCGAACCUCGAGUUCGGACUUAAACACGCCGGAAUAGAAGUACGUGGCAAGUAGGACAACAACUUUAAUCGAUCAUAUUCUGGGUUUCCCUGAACAAGUCCUCAUUCUCAUACGAGCACUAAUGCAGGGCUUCCAGCGCAUGUCAGGCCUUGCAUACUGUCAGGUGUUGCCAUUUCUCGCAUACAUACGAGCGGACACAGUUGUACCUCGAACCUGCGACGAAUUUCAUUAAGGUGGCACUUUGACUUGCCCAAGAACUCCAAGACGUCCAAAGUUGACCUCAAACGAGGACACGACUGUCACACAUCCUACAUGGUGGAAUGGAUGCGAUUACGAUCGGUUUUCUUCUGCUUGAACAUAAGGUAUGGCCAAGAAAUCUAAUGUCGGAAAGCGUGCAAUCGGGGCGGGCGGAUCCUCACACAGUUAUUUGCGCCACGUGACAGUGAGGAUUUGCAGGCCAGCGCAGCUGCUGGGAUGAAAGAAUUUGACGUGCCGGUUAUCGUCGCAGAGCACGACCUGCCGGAAACAGCUUCCCAUGCGUCAGAUCCCGGCGCUCUCACCCCGGUUGAAGAGGUAAAUAGAGGAGGAAGUGGAAGAGGACAGAUUUGGGAAAUCGACGGCAAGGAAGUGCUUGCCAUCAGAAUGGCUCCUGAGACACUUAUGACUGAGUAGUUAAUCUUCAUUAUGUUGCAAACUCGGUGUGCAAAGUACGGAAACUGUCAUCUAGAAUGUUGUUAUCAUCGCGAUGACGUUCAAGCCCAUGCCCAGAUGAUAUGCAAAAUGCAUAGCCCAAUCCACAUAUGUAAUCUUGCGAUGCAACAUAUAGAUAUACAUAGCCAUAGACAGAGGCAGUAGCACCUCUAAUGAGUCGACGUAUGUGCAUGGUCGCAGAACCAGAAGGUGCAAGCCCACGACUUUGAUCAGCUUCGAGGACACUGACGAUCGUGCUCUUUUCUUGAGAGUACUUUAUUAGGCUACUGCUCAUGUCCCGUUCAUGUUUUUCAUCCCUUCUCCAGGCUUAUGACCUUCCUGCAUUUGGCGGAAGUGAAGCGAUAGAAAUUUGGGAUCUUGUUUUUUCAGUAUUGUCGGCACUUACACCAUGCCUAAACCCAAUUCUGAAAUUCUAACAAGUUCAAAAGCGAAUUGGAGGACUGGUUAGUGAGAAAACACCAAUAAUCAUCACUGUCAGCAUAUGCGAUAUCUCCGUGGGUCGGCCACCGAAGGGCCAAACCUUCUUGAGCUGCAGUUGAGAAGGGUUUAUGCGGAUCGAGUAUGGGACGAUGUGGCACAACGCUGUCAGCGGUCUCCGAACGGAAAUGCAGUUCUUGAUACAUUGAACACGCUGGAACCGAUCGUAGCGUGGUCCAGUCGUGCGGUGUUGGUUUCUUCGGAGCAAGGAGAUGAUGGGGAUUGUGAAGAACGGAGUCCGAAGACUGUGACUCCAAUUGUAGAUCAACAGAAUCGAAGACGUUUCUGGCUUAUGCUUUUGAUGAACGACUAGUUGGGGUCAUGAACAAGACCAUGAUUAGAUUCUCGCGAAUAAUUUCCAAGAAAUAGUAACUUGUACAGCUGUAUGCAUAGACAACUGGAAAUGAUGAGGCACCCUUUUUUGAUAACUUUGGAACCGCGGAGAUGUAGUGUGACCAUUCUAUUCAUCAUGAUGUAGGACACACAUGAUUGAACAUGACAC